AUGAACCUCGCACCACAAUCAUCGUUCACCAUCUCGAUGAAGAAUGAUCACACUCAAUCCCUUCCACCGUCGUCCCCCGGCGAUGAAGAUUUCGAAACGACGUGGUAUGGAAACAUACAGUACCUCCUCAACAUAUCCAUCGUCGGCACCAUCACAUGCGUUCUCGUCUUCGUCCUCGUCAAGCUCCGCAGCGACCACCGCCGCAUGCCGGGUCCCACUGCCAUUCUGUCAAAGCUGUUAGCGGUUUGGCACGCCACUGGCCGUGAGAUCGCCCGCCACUGCGGCGCUGAUGCUGCUCAAUUUCUUCUUAUUGAGGGCGGGAGCUAUUCGUUAAUUUUAUUGAUUUCGGUACUCUCCAUCACUGUUCUACUGCCGCUGAAUCUUUACGCGGGAACAGUGUCUAUGGUGGAUGAGUUCUCAAUGACUACGAUCAAUCAUAUCGCGAAAGGUUCGGGUUUACUUUGGAUUCACUUUGUGUUCGUCGUGCUUGUUGUUAUCUUAGUUCAUUACGGAAUUAAUAAAAUCGAACGGAGUUUGAAAAUCACAAGGUUUAGAGACGGAUAUGGAAACCCUAGUGACCCUAGUAGCGCCAAUUCAUCCGCCAUUUUCACUCUAAUGAUACAAGGAAUCCCCAAAAACAUAGGGCCCGCAAGGGAUGCCUUAAUGGAGUACUUCCAACAUAAGUACCCUGGAAAGGUUUACAAAGUUAUACUCCCCAUGGAUCUAUGUGCUUUAGACGAUCUAGUCACAGACUUGGUGAAAGUAAGAGAAGAUGUCACAAAAUUAGUAAACAAAAUGGAAUCAGAAGCUUUGUUCUAUGAAGAUACAAACUACGGCAUCCUAGUUGAUCAUCAUGAUGGAAUCCAAUCAAAACUGCAUACUUUCUGGCAAUCCCUGAAGGAUUCAUGGAGACGAAUCAGUGAUUUUCUCGGGUUUUCAGAUGAUGAAAAAUUAAGAAAACUACAGGAACGCAGAGCUGAUCUCGAAAUGGAAAUGGCAGCUUAUAAAGAUGGAAGAGCAAAGGGUGCUGGAGUUGCAUUCAUAGUGUUCAAAGAUGUUUACACUGCUAACAAAGCAGUUGAAGAUUUUCGUAAUGAAAAGAAAAAACGUGUAGGCAGAUUCUUCUCUAUCACAGAGUUACAACUUCAAAAAAACCAUUGGAAAGUUGAAAGGGCACCUUUAGCAACUGAUAUAUACUGGAAUCAUCUGGGGUCCACUAAGCUAUCUUUGAAAGUCAGAAGAAUCUUCGUAAACUCAUUUCUGUUACUCCUCCUUCUCUUUUGCAGCUCACCUCUUGCUGUAAUCAGUGCCCUAAAAAGUGCAGGGAGAAUCAUAAACGCAGAAGCCAUGGAUAAUGCUCAAUUAUGGUUAACAUGGCUACAAAGCUCAAGCUGGUUAGCAACUAUAAUCUUCCAAUUUCUCCCAAAUGUUCUUAUCUUCAUAAGCAUGUACGUAAUCGUCCCUUCCACCCUCUCAUAUCUUUCUAAAUUCGAAAAACACUUCACUGUUUCUGGAGAACAAAGAGCUGCACUUUUGAAAAUGGUGUGCUUCUUUUUAGUAAACCUAAUUCUAUUAAGAGCCCUAGUUGAAUCAUCUUUAGAAAGCCUAAUCUUGAAAAUGGGUAGAUGUUAUUUAGAUGGAGAAGAUUGUAAACGAAUCGAACAAUACAUGAGCGCCUCCUUCUUAUCAAGAUCCUGCCUUUCUUCUGUAGCAUUCUUGAUCACUUCAACUUUCUUAGGAAUCUCCUUCGAUCUUUUAGCACCAAUACCAUGGAUCAAAAAAAAGCUACAAAAGUUUCAAAAGAACGACAUGCUCGACCUAGUCCCAGAGCAAAAUGACGAAUACGCCCUUGAAGAAAACGCUACUGAAGGACUUGUGAGACCACUAAUUGCACCGAAUCAAGGGCAUAAUAGGAACAACGAGGAUAAUAAUUACAGUUUACACGAGUAUCCGAUUAGUAGAACUUCACCUGUCCCAAAACAAGCGUUUGAUUUUGCGCAAUAUUACGCGUUUAAUUUAACGAUUUUUGCCCUCACGUUAAUCUAUUCGUCGUUUUCGCCCCUUAUAGUUCCUGUGGGUGCGAUUUAUUUUGGAUACAGAUACGUGGUGGAUAAGUACAACUUUCUGUUUGUGUACAGAGUGAGAGGGUUUCCAGCUGGCAAUGAUGGGAGGUUGAUGGAUACGGUUUUGUUUAUUAUGAGGAUUUGUGUUGAUUUGUUUCUUGUGUCCAUGGUUUUCUUUUUUUUGGUUAGAGGGGAUUUGAAAAAGUUGCAAGCUAUAUUGACUCUUGGUGUUUUGGUAGUGCAUAAGCUUUGGGUUUGGCCUACUGAGAAUGAUGGAUUUCAGCCUGCAUUGUUGCAGAGUAUACAAAGUGUUGAGAAUGUUGUAGAUGGACCCAUUGAUUAUCAAGUUUUUUCUCAACCUAAAUUUGAGUGGGAUACGUAUCAUAAUCAUUCCUGA